GCGGGCCAAUCUGUUGGCCUGGAUGAAAAAGUUGACAAUUGGCCUAAUCUGCUUCAUUGGCAUUGCCCUGAUAAGCUAUGUGAUCAUCAGCCUCUGCUUGAGCGAUGAGCAAUCGCUGCCGACGGCAUCGGUAUCCGACAGCAGCAACAUGGAAGCGACAACAGCAACAAGUGAAGAAAUCGCAGUAGCUGGACCAGCUGUAGCCGCCUCCACAUCACCAACCACGCCACCACCAUCAACAGCACCGAUACUGGAUGACGCCGACGCCAAGGGCAAAAAGGAAUUCUCUUCCAAAUUGGGCGUCUAUCAGCAUGCGGCGGUUUGCUCGGAUACGGAUGUAUGCAGUCAGAUUGGCAGGUAUAAUAGAUUAUUA